AUGCCAGCUCGUUUCUUUAGCGCGUUAUACCACGCACAACAACCAGAAUCAACCGCUGUACCCAAGCCAGAAUGGGUGAAGCUCAAGCAUGAUCUUCUGGAGCACCUGAAACGCAUCGAAUCCACGGGAUCCUUCUUCACGACAGGCACUUUGGACAAUGCUCCGAACCCUGGACUUGAUAUCUCCUCCGUUGGCCCUGUCGGUCUACCACUAACACCCGAUGCCUCUCGCUCAGUCGCUCAAGCGUGCCACACGAGUCCGUUCGGCAAGGGCACCGAGACGAUAGUCGACGAGUCGGUGCGCAAGACAUGGGAACUAGAUGCUGAGCAGUUUUCCAUCCGCAACCCCAAGUGGGAGUCUCAGAUUCGCGAGAUCCUCAAGCAGGUCAUUCCCGAGCUGGGUCUGAAGGCGAAUCCAGACGAGGUGCAGGCGGAGCUUUACAAGCUGCUGGUCUAUGAGGAGGGCGCCUUCUUCCUUUCGCAUCAGGACUCGGAGAAGGCUUCUGGGAUGUUUGGGACCCUAGUCGUUUGUCUGCCGUCUAAGCAUGAAGGUGGGGAUGUCGUUGCCACGCAUAAAGGCGAAGCUCGUACGUUUGACAGCUCGGCGACUUCCGAGUUUGAGUACUCCUACGCUGCAUGGUACUCUGAUGUUAAGCACGAAGUGAAGCCGGUGGCUAGUGGGUAUCGGGUUGUUUUGACUUACAAUCUGAUCCAUCGCCCAUCUAUGGAAGUGUUGAAACAACGCGACUCGGCGGCCACUGAGCUGCAGAAGGCACUAGAGUCAUGGAAUCAGCAGUGCCAGCAGCAAGUCCGCGACUAUGAAGCCAUGGAUGUUCGCCAUUCUUCGCUGUUCUCCAAAGCACUGUCAGACCGGUUUCCGCUUUCCCUUCUUUGUGGGCUGGAUUAUAAAUACAGCCAGGCUGAUCUCAGCUUUGCUCGCCUUAAAGGUCUUGACCAACUGCGUGUCGGACGGUUUCAGGUACUACCGAUGAAUACGGAAGCCCCGCAAGCUCAGUAUCCGGAAUUACGAGUAACUUUCAUGAUUUUGAAGAAGUCUUCGAGAAUGACUCACUGCUCAACAAGAUUAUCGACGUCAGUUGUGGUGAAGGAGCUCGAAAUUCCGCUCUCCGAUCUAAAAUCCUUAUUCUUAGAUUCUUAUGACCUUGAAGGCACUCCUGAUUCGGAGGACUACACGGGGUACCAGGGAAAUGCAGGAGCAGAAGCAACUCAUCACUAUCGCAAGGCUGCUGCCUUCAUCGUUCCGUCUACUUUCUAUCUCGCAUUCGUGUUUUAUGUUGUCAAACAUGGACGAACGCCUAUUUCCGGUUUCUUGGCUGAGUUGGAGCGCAUGAUCCUGGAUCGCCCGGAUGACACGAUACUCCGCAACGAAACAGUGAAGCUAUGCCAGUCCAUUAUAUCGUCACCGGAAUCAAGGGAACGAGAAACGCGAUACCGACCAAGACGUGAUACCGAGGAUCUCAAGUCAAUUGCAAGUCUGCUGAUUAACCUUUCCGAAUGGUCACUCUUCAAUGACUGUAUCUCGGAACACUUCGGAUGCCGCGAGUUUCCCGUAGAAUUCGGAGCUCCUAUUGGGAAGGCAGUUUUUGCUCGGGGCAUGGAAUCCCUGCAAGCUACGCUCGAUCGCCUAUUUAAAGAUCCGUAUGGUUCAUGGAAGGAGCAAUUGCCGCUUCUUUUCAAUAUCAUCUCAGCCUAUAUUUCCGAAUGCCUCGCCGCAGGGCAACCCAAGUCUGAACCGUUUACACAGUGGCAAGACCGCACCCUGGACCGUUUCUUCUUGAACCCUCACUUGACAGUGACCUUGUCUGAAAAAGAUGCUCCGCCACUUUUGCACAUUGCACUAAGCUAUCCGGGGGACACUUUUCUCAAAAGGAUUGUGCCAGUUCUGGACAGGUGGGCUUCCAAUACAGCCUUUCUAUCAUCAUUCCUCAUAGGACUUUUCGAAGAGUCCCAGAAAAAUGACGCCGCUUCUCUCGAUAUCAAACCAACUUAUCGCACCAUCUGCUCGGCGGCAAUGCGGGAGCUUCGCAUUGUGGCUUCGCCGACACUAACAUCAAGCGGAUACGCGUCUUACGGCUCACUCUACAGCAGGCGAGCGGAUCCCACCUUUGUGGACCCUGGGUUGAUUGCUAAGCUCCUACGGCCAUGUCCUGUAAUGGAUAUAGACCCCACGGAGAUAGUGAAAGGCGUGGAAUUUUCUGCUGGCCGUGUUCUUGCCGACACCGACAAACUCAAAGCCUCUUCAAGUUUCGUUCAGUUUCUUACCCCGUUCAUCACUUUUCUUUGCGGCUACCUGAAUGAGAGAUCUCGCUCCGAAGCCUUCGUGGCUGAAUGUCGAAAAUUCACAGUCCGCAUGCUCGAGAUCCUGCUAACAAACUACGUCGAACCGCAACCUCUCGAACCAACGACCUGGGCCCGCAAAGCCAACUUCAGAACAUGCUGCAAGGACUGCGGCGAGCUACGCAGGUUCAUCGAAGACCCUGUCCAGAAAACCGGCAAGUUCCCCAUGGCCGAGAAACGCCGAAGACAUCUGGAAAACAGGCUCGAUCGCACCUUCACCUGUCAGACCCGUAGUUAUGGCUCGCCGUAUACGCUCGAAGUCACGAAGACAAACGAGCAAUUCCAGAAAGACCUAAAGGACUGGUCUGGGAGGGGAAACGUUGCUGUCCGCCUUCUGCAGUCCCUGGAACAGAAAUGUCCAGAUGUAAUUGAGUUGGUUGGAGAGGAUACAUUCAAGAGCUUCCUUGAACAUGAGAACCUCAAGCCCCGUGUCGCCCCUCCUGCGCCGCCACCUGUAGCUGGUCCUGUUGCGGCAGCGCCGGAACUCCCCCGACUGCCCAGAUUGGGGUAUGGCGGGGUGUUCGGAGACUCGAGGGGGCAGGGCCAUACCAUCAACCCGACUAGGACCCUGCCUCCUUUGAGCUCUUUGGUUUCCUCGGCCGGCACGGGGUUAUCGUCCGCUGGGGAUUCUACUGUGCCGAGGAAAAGGUCCUAUAUUGACCUUACGGAGGACUAG